AGUAGAAAAUGCAAUGUACAUGUAUUUUAACACAUAAUAAGUAUUAUCUAAUACUAAAUGAUGUUUAUUUCGUUUCAGGACAUGCGUGUGAAUAGGGAAUUGUGUAAUAAGAAGGGUGUGCAAGAUUGUGAAUGGUACCGCGGACAGAUUGGAAAAAAAGAAGCCAUAGAGGAACUAAAAAGUAAACCGCCCGGAACAUUCCUUGGGAGACAGGCUUCAACAAAUACUGCUCAACAGGGCGGGUCGCUGCAUAUGUUCACACUGGUGUUUGUGGACGAACACGGCCGCAUCAAGAAACUGAUGAUAAUGAAAACUGGGGACAUUAAUCAUUUCAAGCAAUGCAAGGAAUGCGAGCUGCAGGCAUUUGAAACUGUAUCUGACCUCGUGGCCGAAAUUCUAAUCCAUGGAUUUUAAAUCACAGACCCCAAAACACAUGUAUGGACUACAAUUCAAUUAAAACCUGUGUGGAGUACUACGUGAGGUAUACAUUCAGACGUAUGUUAUUAAAGACAUUUCGAUAUUUGCCACGUGUGUUUCAAUCAUUAAAAAUGGUGCAAUUAAACAAUGAAAAAGUGGUCCCGACCCAAAGAAUUGCCGAUAUUUGGAUUCCCGAUAGUGGACAUGUAUGAACCUGAUAACUUAUGAUUCUUGGGUUUACAUAUAGACUGAAUGAUUAAGAAGGCAAUUGGGAAAACGUUAGUUUUUGGAGUAUUGAUAAUAAUGACUUGUUCACUUCGAAGACUUGCUCAAUUUACUUAAAGCGCAGACUAUUGUGUUAGAGGUUAAAUAGCGAACAUAUUAUUAGAACAUUCAUAUAACACGUUGAUAGUCUAAACGGAACCAUUAAAAAAGAUGAAUAUCUUCAUGGAAAACUAGAAGUACGCUGUGUGAAUAAGUGCUAUUUUUUGCAGUAGGAUUGUGUGAAUGUUUUUAAUAUUUUAUCACAACUGUGCUCUUCGUGU